CAGAAGGUUACAAGGGGUUACAAGGGGUUACAACGGGUGACAGGGGGUUACAGGCGGUUACAAAGGAUUAUAGAAACUUUGUUCUGAGUAGAACGUUCCCAGAUACUUUUUCUUGAACUAUUUUGCCAAAAAAAUCAAAGUUGAAGAAAUCUUAAAUUUUUGACCAAAACGAUGGACUAACCCCUUUGGAAAAAUUCUAAUUUUACGUUUUUCAUAAACAGUUGUUUUUAUAGUCUUUAAAGGCUUCUGUUUUAUCUAGAACGUCAGCAAACACUUUUUCUCGGUCUUUUUUUUGAUAAACACAAAAGAUGAAAAAACUUCAACUUUUUGACCAAAAUCAUGGACUAUCCCCUUUGCAAAAAUGCCAAUUUUGCCUUCUUUUUAAAUUCAUGUUUAUAUUGUCUAGAAAGGCUUGUUUUCUAACGAGAACGUCACCAAAUACUUUUUGUCGGUGUAUUUUGCAUAAAACGAAACGUUAACAAAAUUUCCAAUUUUUGACCAAACCCAUGGACUAACCUCUUUGGAAAAAUGUCAAUUUUGUGGGUUUUUGAAACCGAUGUUUUAGUUGUUCAGAAAGGCUUGUUUGCUAUAUAAAACCUCAAAAAUCGUUUUUCACUAUUUCUUUUUACGCUCUAUGACAUAGGAAUACAGGGGGUUACAAGGGGUUAGAAGGGGUGACAGGGGGUUACAAGGGGUUACAGGGGGUCACAAGGGGUGACAAGGGGUUACAGGGGGUUACAAAGGAUUAUAGAAACUUUUUUCUUAUUAGAACGUUCCCAGAUACUUUUUUUUGGUCUAUUUUGGAUAAAAAUUCAAAGUUGAAGAAAUCUCAAAUUUUUGACCAAAACGAUGGACUAACCCCUUUGGAAAAAUUCAAAUUUUGCGUUUUUCAUAAACAGUUGUUUUUAUAGUCUUUAAAGGCUUCUUUUUUAUCUAGAACGUCAGCAAACACUUUUUCUCGAUCUAUUUUUGAUAAACACAAAAGAUGAAACAACUUCAACUUUUUGACCAAAAUCAUGGACUAUCCCCUUUGCAAAAAUGCCAAUUUUGCCUUCUUUUUAAAUUCAGGUUUAUAUUGUCUAGAAAGGCUUGUUUUCUAACGAGAACGUCACCAAAUACUUUUUGUCGGUGUAUUUUGCAUAAAACGAAACGUUAACAAAAUUUCCAAUUUUUGACCAAAACCAUGGACUAACCCUUUUGGAAAAAUGUCAAUUUUGUGUGUUUUUGAAACCGAUGUUUUCGUUGUUCAGAAAGGCUUGUUUGCUAUAUAAAACGUCAAAAAUCGUUUUUUCACUAAUUAUUUUCACGAUCUAUGACAUGGGAAUACAAGGGGUUACAGGGGGUUUCAAGGGGUUACAUGGGGUGACAGGGGGUUACAAGAGGUUACAGGGGGUUACAAGGGGUGACAGGGGGUUAGAGGGAGUUAGAAAGGAUUAUAGAAUGUUUUUUCUAACUAGAAUGUUCCCAGAUACUUUUUGUUGGUCUAUUUUGCAUAAAAAUUUAAACUUGUAGAAAUGUCAAAUUUUGACCAAAACGAUGGACUAACCCCUUUGGAAAAAUUCUAAUUUUGCGUUUUUUAUAAACAGUUGGUUUUAUAAUCUUUAAAGGCUUCUCUUUUAUCUAGAACGUCAGCAAACACUUUUUCUCGGUCUUUUUUUGAUAAACACAAAAGAUGAAAAAACUUCAACUUUUUGACCAAAAUCAUGGACUAUCCCCUUUGCAAAAAUGCCAGUUUUGCCUUCUUUUUAAAUGCAUGUUUAUAUUGUCUAGAAAGGCUUGUUUUCGAAGGAGAACGUCACCAAAUACUUUUUGUCGGUGUAUUUUGCAUAAAAGGAAACGUUAACAAAAUUUCCAAUUUUUGACCAAAACCAAGGUCUAACCCCUUUGGAUAAAUGUGAAUUUUGUGGGUUUUUGAAACCGAUGUUUUCGUUGUUCAGAAAGGCUUGUUUGCUAUAUAAAACGUCAAAAAUCGUUUUUUCACUAUUUAUUUUCACGAUCUAUGACAUGGGAAUACAAGGGGUUACAAGGGGUUACAGGGGGUUACAAGGGGUUACAAGGGGUGACAGGGGGUUACAAGGGGUUACAAGGGGUGACAGGGGGUUAUAGGAAGUUACAAAGGAUUAUAGAAUUUUUUUUCUAACUAGAACGUUCCCAGAUACUUUUUCUUGGUUUAUUUUACAUAAAAAUUUAAACUUGUAGAAAUCUCAAAUUUUUUACUAAAACGAUGGACAAACCCCUUUGGAAAAAUUCUAAUUUUGCGUUUUUUAUAAACAGUUGGUUUUAUAGUCUUUAAAGGCUUCUUUUUUAUGUAGAACGUCAGCAAACACUUUUUCUCGGUCUUUUUUUGAUAAACACAAAAUAUGAAAAAACUUCAACUUUUUGACCAAAAUCAUGGACUAUCCCCUUUGCAAAAAUGCCAAUUUUGCCUUCUUUUUAAAUUCAUGUUUAUAUUGUCUAGAAAGGCUUGUUUUCUAACGAGAACGUCACCAAAUACUUUUUGUCGGUGUAUUUUGCAUAAAACGAAACGUUAACAAAAUUUCCAAUUUUUGACCAAAACCAUGGACUAACCCUUUUGGAAAAAUGUCAAUUUUGUGUGUUUUUGAAACCGAUGUUUUCGUUGUUCAGAAAGGCUUGUUUGCUAUAUAAAACGUCAAAAAUCGUUUUUUCACUAAUUAUUUUCACGAUCUAUGACAUGGGAAUACAAGGGGUUACAGGGGGUUUCAAGGGGUUACAUGGGGUGACAGGGGUUACAAGAGGUUACAGGGGUUACAAAGGGGUGACAGGGGUUAGAGGGAGUUAGAAAGGAUUAUAGAAUGUUUUUUCUAACUAGAAUGUUCCCAGAUACUUUUUGUUGGUCUAUUUUGCAUAAAAAUUUAAACUUGUAGAAAUGUCAAAUUUUGACCAAAACGAUGGACUAACCCCUUUGGAAAAAUUCUAAUUUUGCGUUUUUUAUAAACAGUUGGUUUUAUAAUCUUUAAAGGCUUCUCUUUUAUCUAGAACGUCAGCAAACACUUUUUCUCGGUCUUUUUUUGAUAAACACAAAAGAUGAAAAAACUUCAACUUUUUGACCAAAAUCAUGGACUAUCCCCUUUGCAAAAAUGCCAGUUUUGCCUUCUUUUUAAAUGCAUGUUUAUAUUGUCUAGAAAGGCUUGUUUUCGAAGGAGAACGUCACCAAAUACUUUUUGUCGGUGUAUUUUGCAUAAAAGGAAACGUUAACAAAAUUUCCAAUUUUUGACCAAAACCAAGGACUAACCCCUUUGGAUAAAUGUGAAUUUUGUGGGUUUUUGAAACCGAUGUUUUCGUUGUUCAGAAAGGCUUGUUUGCUAUAUAAAACGUCAAAAAUCGUUUUUUCACUAUUUAUUUUCACGAUCUAUGACAUGGGAAUACAAGGGGUUACAAGGGGUUACAGGGGGUUACAAGGGGUUACAAGGGGUGACAGGGGGUUACAAGGGGUUACAGGGGGUUACAAGGGGUGACAGGGGGUUAUAGGAAGUUACAAAGGAUUAUAGAAUUUUUUUUCUAACUAGAACGUUCCCAGAUACUUUUUCUUGGUUUAUUUUGCAUAAAAAUUUAAACUUGUAGAAAUCUCAAAUUUUUUACUAAAACGAUGGACAAACCCCUUUGGAAAAAUUCUAAUUUUGCGUUUUUUAUAAACAGUUGGUUUUAUAGUCUUUAAAGGCUUCUUUUUUAUGUAGAACGUCAGCAAACACUUUUUCUCGGUCUUUUUUUGAUAAACACAAAAUAUGAAAAAACUUCAACUUUUUGACCAAAAUCAUGGACUAUCCCCUUUGCAAAAAUGCCAAUUUUGCCUUCUUUUUAAAUUCAUGUUUAUAUUGUCUAGAAAGGCUUGUUUUCUAACGAGAACGUCACCAAAUACUUUUUGUCGGUGUAUUUUGCAUAAAACGAAACGUUAACAAAAUUUCCAAUUUUUGACCAAACCCAUGGACUAACCCCUUUGGAAAAAUGUCAAUUUUGUGGGGUUUUGAAACCGAUGUUUUAGUUGUUCAGAAAGGCUUGUUUGCUAUAUAAAACCUCAAAAAUCGUUUUUCACUAUUUCUUUUUACACUAUAUGACAUGGGAAUACAGGGGGUUACAAGGGGUUACAAGGGGUGACAGGGGGUUACAAGGGGUUACAGGGGGUUACAAGGGGUGACAAGGGGUUACAGGGGGUUACAAAGGAUUAUAGA